GUCCAUCAAAGCCUGAGACGCGUCCUGAUUGGCUAAAAUAGCGUCGCGAAAUCUUGCCUUCCUUCAUCGCAGCUUAUUUCCUUUAUUGCAACAGGAACAUAACGUGGCUGCUGUGAGACCGUGAUUCGGAAACCAUCGCAUCGUCUACCGCGUUUAAUUGAGUCAAGAUGCCUCACGCUUACCCAUUCCUCACUCCAGAGCAGAAGAAAGAGCUGAGCGAUAUCGCUCAGAGGAUUGUUGCCCCUGGCAAAGGCAUUCUAGCGGCUGAUGAGUCAACAGGUAGCGUGGCCAAGCGUUUCCAGAGCAUCAAUGCUGAGAACACAGAGGAGAACAGGAGACUGUACCGCCAGCUGUUGUUUACGGCAGACGACCGCGUCAAGCCCUGCAUCGGUGGAGUCAUCCUCUUCCAUGAGACCCUCUACCAGAAGACAGAUGAUGGCAAAUCAUUCCCCCAGCUCCUUAAGGAAAGGGGUAUGGUAGUUGGCAUCAAAGUGGACAAGGGUGUGGUUCCCCUGGCUGGCACUAAUGGAGAGACCACCACACAAGGUCUGGAUGGGCUGUAUGAGCGUUGUGCUCAGUAUAAGAAGGAUGGGGCAGACUUUGCUAAAUGGAGGUGUGUGCUGAAGAUCACCUCCACAACCCCUUCUAGCCUGGCCAUCAUGGAGAAUGCCAACGUGCUUGCCCGUUACGCUAGCAUCUGCCAGAUGCAUGGCAUUGUGCCCAUUGUAGAGCCUGAAAUUCUGCCUGAUGGUGACCAUGACCUUAAGAGGUGCCAGUAUGUGACAGAGAAGGUUCUGGCUGCCGUGUACAAGGCCCUGUCAGACCAUCAUGUCUACCUAGAGGGCACUCUGCUCAAACCCAACAUGGUGACUGCUGGACACUCCUGUUCCCAGAAGAACACCCCCCAGGAGAUUGCCAUGGCAACUGUUACAGCUCUCCGCCGUACUGUUCCUCCUGCUGUGCCUGGUAUCACCUUCCUGUCUGGAGGCCAGAGUGAGGAGGAGGCCACAAUGAACCUGAAUGCCAUGAACCAGUGUCCCCUGCACAGGCCCUGGGCCCUGACCUUCUCAUAUGGCCGUGCCCUGCAGGCCUCAGCACUCAAAGCCUGGGGUGGCAAGAAGGAGAAUGGCAAGGCAUGCCAGGAGGAGUUCGUAAAGAGAGCUCUUAACAACAGCAAGGCCUGUGUUGGGAAGUAUGUGUCUGCAGGAGAUAAGGGUGCUGCUGCUGGAGAGUCUCUCUUUGUGGCCAACCAUGCCUACUAAUCACCAACAAGCCUUUUAUAUUUCAAUCCACAUCCUAUUCCUAAAGAAUCAUUGAACCCAACAGCAUAUUUGCUUUGUAAUUAUUUUACCAAUUCCUGUUUUCUUUGUAGUGUUUGUUACUGCCAUUUGUGAGACAAAAUUAUGAAACCAGGAAGAGAUGAAACCUACAUGUAAAAGAUGUAUAUAAAUCAAGAUUAAUGGUAAUUUAAUAACUUUAUCCAGAUGUUUUCUGCCCUAAUCUCCUCCCUCUCAUAUUUAAAAAACACUCCCAUGUGUCAUACUGUGUAACUCUCUAAAAAGAAACUUUGUACUUAUAGUUACGUAUAUUCAUUGUAUUUGACUUGCACAAAGCACAUAUACCUUUCAGGGGUAUAUUGUUGUUUUUGUUUAAUAUGAUACACACUGGAAACAUUAAAAGUAUAUUUCACAGCUAACCUCA